AUGCCGAUCCGAAGCACUGCCGCAUCGGGCGACCAAAUCGCCGAAGGAGAACCGGAACCCCUUCUCCUUACACUCGCGCUACACAUGACUAACAUCACCAUAACAUCCACCGAUAUAAACCUCAACACUUUUAAAGCAGACUACAUGCUAGCUCAAACAUCGGCCUUCCUCCCAGCUCCCCUCUCACCUAUCCCCGAACACCACCCGACGACUCACCACCACCUCUAUAAUCAUCACCCGGCUGCGAACCACCACGUCUACAACAACCACAUCUACACCUCCCUCGCCACCAUCGCCGCAACAGCAAUGGCUCCAAUCCUGGCCCAACCCAGCUUCACACUCCUCGUGCUCUACCCACGCAAAUCCGGAACGUACUUCGACAUGAAGUAUUAUACCAGCUCCCACAUACCCUUGGCGGAGAAGGUCUGGGGUCCCUACAGCUGCAAAUUCCACAGCUUCACGCCUUACCCGGAGGACAGCGCUUAUCAUUUGUCGUGCCUCAUGCAGUGGGAUAGCAAGGACAGCUAUGAGCAGGCGAAGAAGGAUGCGGGGACAAAAGGAGUGAUGGAUGAUGUGGCGAGCGGGAGUUUCACAAACGCUGAUGCGAUGUUUCUCGAGGGGACGGUCGCGGCUUGA